CCCUCCUUACCCCCAUACCCUUUCUUCAAACACUCUCCUUCACCACGUCUCCCUAAUAUUUAAUUCCUCGUCUUCCCUCAGCCUUCAUUAACCAUGUCUGAUUGGGGUCAGCCUGUCCUGUACAGCUUGUACAUCUAUCAGCCCAACAACAUCGCACCCAUCAUCUUUGCCGUGCUCUAUGGAAUAUCAGCCGUCCUCCACAUUUGGCAAUGCAUUCGAUACAAAGCCUUCAAGCUCGCCGGCCUCCUGCCCACCUGCGCCGUCCUCUUCACGCUCGGAUACGCCCUCCGUGAAUACGGAGCCUACAACUACCUAUACCGGAGAACCGACAAGACGGCUCUGAUUGUGUAUAUCACGAGCCAAAUCUCCAUCUACGUUUGCCCUCCUCUCCUAGAGCUCGCCAACUAUCACAUCCUCGCCCGAAUGUUUUCCUAUGUCCCCUUCUUCGCGCCCAUACCUGCUUCCUUGGUCCUCCGCACAUUCGGCGGGCUCAUGGCCAUUGUUGAGGCCCUCAACGCCCUGGGCGUCGCACUGGCCUCCAACCCAACCUCCUCGCCCACAACACAGGCUGUCGGCUCGCACGUCUCCAUCGCCGCGAUAUCCAUCCAGCUGGCCGUCAUCGUCAGCUUCUUCUUGGUGGCGGGCCUCUUCCAGUACCGGCUCGGCCGGGCGAGGCUGCGAGUGCGUACAGUGCAGACACUCCUGUACGCGCUGUACGCCAGCAUGGCGCUCAUCCUCGCGCGCUGCAUCUACCGCCUCGUCGAGCACCUGGGCCCAUCGCACAAGAACAUUGCCGACAUGGACGCGCUGUGGGCACUGAGCCCGCUGUUCCGGUACGAGAUAUUCUUCCUCGUGUUCGAGGCGAUCCUGAUGCUGCUCAAUUCUCUCCUCUGGAACGCGUGGCAUCCCGCGCGCUACCUGCCGAGGGAGACUCAUGUGUAUCUCGCGCAGGACGGGACCGAGGUUGAGGGUGAGAAGGAGGUGGAUGGGAGAAACUUGGGCCAGAAGGUGGCGCAUGUGCUCUCCUUCGGGCUUCUGUUCAGACAUAACGUGAGGAACUACGCGGCUCUGGAGUUGACUGCACGAGAAGGUGGUGCUAGUCAGUGA